GCUGGGACGUCCCAUCACAGCAGCCCCCAUUCCAUUGUUAUGCCAAAGACACGCCCACCAAGACUGUCCUCAAAGUGGGGAGUGGUGGUGGGGGAAACUUUGAUUGGUCAUCCCGGGAAGAAAAGGGCGGCAAAGUUAACCAACCAAUCCAAGCAGUCUCCUGACACACAAAAACAACAACGUCUGCUAGCUCCAGGCCAUUCCUUUGCCUGAUCCGCCUCGAGCCGUAUCCCGAGGCGUCUCCGCGACGAUGGCGGUCAACAAAAUGCUCAAGUGCCUCCUCCUCACGCUCAACUUCCUGUUCUUCAUCUGCGGCGCCGUGGUCCUGGGGGUCUCGGCCCACGCCAGCUCCAACCGGACGGAGUACCAGAUCACCGACGAGCUCCUGCCGGCCGUCCACCUCAUGGUCGGGGUGGGCGCCAUCACCCUGGUGGUCGGCUUCCUGGGCUGCUGCGGCGCCGCCGCCGAGAGCCGCUGCCUGCUCGCGCUCUUCUUCCUGGGCCUCCUGGCCAUGCUCCUCAUGCUGCUGGCCGUAGGGGUGCUGGGGGCCAUGGCUCGCACGGACACGGCCCAGGACCUGGUCAGGGCCCAAUUCGAGAAGCUGGGGCCACUGGCCGAGGCGCCCACGGAGGUGCAGGAGUCCUUCCAGAGCGUGGAGAGGGCGGGGCAGUGCUGCGGCUUCUUCAAGGGCCACGAGGACUGGAGCAACAGCUCCCUCGAGGUGCCCGACUCCUGCAACUGCACGGACACGUCGAAGAACUGCACGGCGCUGCUGGACGGGCGGGACGUGUUCGCCACGCCGUGCCUGCCCUACCUCCUCACGUGGCUGGACCGCGUCUCGGGCGCGCUCAUGGGCGUGGCCUUCGCCCUCGCCGCCGUCAUGGUCAUCGGCAUGGCCUUCUCCUUGGCGUUGAUGUGUCAGGUCUCAGUCGGGAACAAGAGUAUUAUCUAGUCAUGGGACGUAUACCGUGCCAAUCUUGACGGUGUUGUUGUUCAUGGAGAAAUGUAGAGGAAAUACUUAUUUUUGAGAGUUGUUUGAUGGCUUUUAGUUUCACUUCCUUGUUUGUUAAUAGUGGUGUUGUGGGGAGAGAAUAUAUCAAUGACUUAUUACACAUUUUUGAGUAAA